GACAUACUAGGUAACUUCCUUAUCUUUAAAAAUGGGAGAGCAUCAAGCUACCUGAGCUCCCAGAGAGCAGAAAGUGUUGACAAAAGAGGAGAGAGAUAAAAGAAGAGAAUGUUGUGACGGACUUCAGACCUGAGGACCUCACUGGUCAGACGGAGGGGUGUGCUCAGCUGAGGUGUUACUUGACCUGCUUCCACGGCUCUUUCUGGUUUUACUUUGCUUGUCACGCUGCAGAGAACAUGCCGUCCCUUUCUGUGCCGCCACCUAAAUGUCUGCAGAAACCCCUGGUGGUUCCUCACCGUCACAUGUUUGGACCAGGACCUUCAAACGUUCCUCCACGUAUCUUGGAGGCUGGAGCCAAUCCUGUUAUUGGACACAUGCAUCCAGAGAUAUUUGAGAUAAUGAGCGACAUCAAAAGUGGAAUCCAAUACAUGUUCCAGACUCAAAACAAGAUGACACUCGCUGUGAGUGGCACUGGUCACACUGCGAUGGAGUGCGCCAUCUUCAACGCAGUGGAGCCUGGAGACAAUGUGCUGGCAGCAGUGAACGGCAUCUGGGGGGAGCGCGCAGCAGAGAUGGCUGAGAGGAUAGGUGCCAGAGUAAACACCAUAGUGGCGCCUCCUGGUGGCUACAUCAAUAAUGCAGACAUUGAGAAGGCUUUAUCCAAACACAGGCCGGUGCUGUUCUUUCUUGCACACGGAGAAUCUUCUACAGGAGUCCUGCAUCCGUUAGACGGCAUCGGACAGCUGUGCCAUAAGUACAACUGCCUGUUUCUUGUCGACUCUGUGGCUUCAAUAGGAGGAACCCCUCUCUACAUGGACCAGCAAGAGAUAGAUAUCCUCUACACAGGCUCCCAAAAGGUCCUGAAUGCCCCUCCUGGUACAGCACCCAUUUCCUUCAGUGAAAGAGCCUGCCAGAAAAUAUUAAGCCGGAGGACAAAGCCUGUGUCAUUCUUCUUGGAUUUGAGCUGGCUUGCAAACUACUGGGGAUGUGAUGGAAAGCCGACAAGAGUAUAUCACCACACAGGUCCAGUCACUGCUUUUUACUCUCUGAGGGAGAGUUUGGCCGUCCUUACUGAAGAGGGCCUGGAGAAUUGUUGGGAAAGACAUCACACUGUGGCGGAGUAUUUCCAUGCUGGUCUGGAGAGCAUGGGCCUCAAACUUUUUGUCAAAGAAAAACAAGCCAGACUGCCAACAGUUACAACGAUUGUUGCUCCUCAUGGAUACGACUGGAAAGAGAUUACAAGCUACAUCAUGAAAACACAUAAUUUAGAGAUUUCUGGGGGACUCGGACCAUCGGUUGGUUUGGUGCUGCGUGUGGGACUGAUGGGAUGCAACAGCAGCAAAGCUAAUGUUGACAUGGUGCUGGCAGCACUGAGAGACGCUCUGAAGCACUGUCACCGGAGCAAAGUUUAACACCUUUGAUUUAUCCAUAUAAAUCAAUGCAGAAAUGUGAUGAAUAAAUGAUUAUUCUUA